AAAGCAGAGCAGGGAGACUCUUCCAAACUCAGUGUAACCUGAAGCAAGCUAUGAGGUAUCCUCUGGUUUCUUUGGUGAACGAGCUGACCUUUCCUAUCCUUUUCUUCUGGUUUUGUUUACCAUUUGUAAUGCUGCUGAUCAUAAUCAUUAUCUGGCUACAGCUUCUACUUAAAGAAGAACAGAUGCCCAGUACAGGAAAAAACAAGAAACCGUCUUCUGAUGAGCCUGAUUCUGACUUUAAAUUUGAGGAUAAACGACCAAAGGAAGAAAACCAGAGAGAAGCAUCUGGUACAGAAACACAAGAGGAGACUCAGUCCAGUAGUUCUUUGAGGAAACUGAGGCCCAAACCUUCUCAUCUGAGUUCCAAUCCAAGAAGCCAAAAGCAAAGUCUUCUUGCUACAACUUCAGACAGCUGGUCUCAGAGCCAGAAGAUAAGAUAUCCUCAAGCUCAGAAGAACAAUUUCUGUAACAUCACAAUGCUGCUGUGCACCACACUUUCUUCUCUCACCUGGAAUUUUGUCUGCCAGUUGCUCCAGAUCUCUAAUGUCCUGAGGAUUCAACUGCUGCCGUCCUCUCUGAAUGGCUACAUGGCUCAGCUGUUCACUUUACUGGGUGAAAAAGUUGGGAAGAUCCUGGGAAUCCUGAGGCUGGAGAACAGAGGGCUGUUGGCUUUAGUGUCUGAGAGGAAACUGGAACAGAAUGAUGAAGCUGUAAGCACCACCUCAGGGUGAAAAUCAAGCAGAUAAUCUGGGGACCAUUAGCAGCAAGGUUAAUUCUUUGAAAAGAAUACUUACUCAGGACUAAGUUGACAUGACUUGGGUCACAACAGCUGCUUUCAGAGUGAACAAUAUUGACUGGCUGAACAUGAAAUGGAUGAACAGCAGCCCACCUCUUGUCCAGUGCCUGGGUGUGUGCACAGCUGCCCUCCAGCUGAACUGAGGGAUGAGUUCCUUCUGUGUAAGGACCAAACACUGCUCCAGCAUCAGUGAUGCUCUGUUCACCACUUUCCAACAAAUAAGCUCAAGGCAAUAACUCUCACUAGUGGCUCUUAUUGGGGCUUAAAUGCAGUACAAUCCAGUGAUGAUUUUACUCAUACUCCACUUAGCACUUCUCUGAUUUCCACCUUGUUGGUUCUCAAGGUAGAAAACAAUAUUUCAGCACUUUGUUCUAAGAAAUUAAACAAGCUUACCUCCAAUUAACAAGAGAUAAUUAAGUCUUAUGCAUUUUGUUUGUUUCUGUUCAGGAUAUGCUUUUCAGCACAGCUGACAGGCUGAUACAAGGUUAGAUUGUAGCUCAAAGAGGCCCUCACAAACAACUUGAUUUAACCAGU